AUGCGUACAGUCUCUCCUACCUUGACUGCGCUUGCGCUGCUCUACGCCCGCAAUGUCGGUGCCUUCUGGCGUAUGAAUUGCGGUAUCAUCCAAAGAGGACGGAUCGACCCUUUGGUCAGCCCUGGAGCCAUUGCAGCACAUGUACAUACCAUUGUGGGAGGUUCAAACAUCGGCAUCAACGCCACGUACGAGACCCUUUUCGCUUCAGAAUGCACAUCGUGCGAGAUCCGAGACGACAAAUCAGCCUACUGGACCCCCGAACUCUACUACCAGUAUCCUAACGGAUCGUUCUUUGAAGUUCCACACUACGGUGCUGUGGCUUAUUAUUUGGGUCGCGGUCCCAAUGUCGCAGAAACCGUACCUUUCCCGCCGAACCUCAAUAUCCUUUCCGGGUCCGCCGCCGCUCGUAGCUACGAUUCCCAGACUUACACAUGGGGCAAUGCAGACUAUCCAGGCCGUCCAGUGGCAGAUAGAGUGAGCUUCAACUGCCUACACGCAGGUGGACCACUACCCGAGCAGCCAUACAUGUUCCGGACAGACUGCGCGUAUGGGCUCAGAGCGCAGAUCCAUUUCCAAAGCUGCUGGAAUGGCAGGGACCUGUACAAGGCAGACAACAGUCACGUUGCGUAUCAGUCUGCAAUUGACAAUGGCAUUUGUCCACCGACACACCCUGUCCAAAUACCACAUCUCUUCCUGGAGACCCUUUACGCCGUGGCGGACGUCCCGGACCAGAGCGAGGAUGGUCAAUUCGUCUUUUCACAAGGCGAUCCCACGGGCUACGGCUUCCACGGCGAUUUCCAGAACGGAUGGGAUAUGGAGGUGCUCGCCAAUGCAACGAUAGAUUGCUUGGCCACCGACAACUUUGGUCAGAUCUCUGCAUGCCCAAUCCUGCAAAAAUCGCAGACGAAUGGAUACUCCUACAACUGCCCUGAACGACCACCACAGAUCGGUGAAGUGGUGACUGGUCUUCUUGACAAACUCCCCGGAUGUAUCAAUAUCACGUAUGGCCCAGAGAUGGCCCCCGCUGCGUCGAUGAACUGCCCGCCAAGCGCUCCCAAACCAUCCGUGACCGCCACAAUGGACUCGUCGCCUUUGCCGACCAACACUGUUGCGCCGGGGAGCAGCUAUGGCUUGGACUCUUUCCAGAAGUAUGUAGGCUGCUACAACGACAGCGCAGGCGGCAUUCGAGCUCUGAACUCGAUCUUCACGUCCAACUACAGCGCGAUGACUGUAGAAUACUGCCAAUCUUGGUGCGAGGAGAGAGGCUACCGUCUCAGUGGAGUCGAAUAUGCUCAAGAAUGUCACUGCGACAAUGCUAUCAAUCCAACGUCUAUCGGCGGAUCGGACCAAUGUUCCUGGAACUGUGGUGGUACCAUGGUCCUAGGCGGCGCACAAGACAUCUGUGGUGGUCUCGACUACAUCAGCAUCUACAACAACACCGACCCAGACUUCGUUGCCUUCGGCAGCAACGAGAACAGCGCUGGGAAUCUAUCCCCUCCGAGAGAACUCUCCCCGUUCGCAGACAACUAUCUCGGCUGCGCAACAGACAACUACAACGGCGGCGGUCGCGCCCUGACAGGCCCCAACGUGGACUGGUUCAACAUGACCACGCAAGUCUGCGCCGACUACUGCGCCAGCCAAAGCAUCUCCGGGUACCAAUACUACGGCCUCGAAUUCCGCACGCAGUGCUGGUGCGGCAACACCAUCGCCGGCAACAACUUCAUCACCGACGCCACCACCACGCCCAGCAACUCCACCUGCAACACGCGCUGCACCGCCGCCGGCGACCAACUCUGUGGCGGCCCCAACGCCAUCUCCCUCUACAAGAACACCGCCUACCGCCCGCCCCGCAUCAAGCCCUCCGUCGGCAAGUACGUCACGAAGGGUUGCCUCACGGACCCCAACAAUGGCAACGGCCGCGCAUUGCAAGGCACCGCCAUGACGAACAAGACGCUCUCGGCCGACUCCUGCGUGAAGUUCUGCUUGGGGAAUCGCUUCCACUAUGCCGGGAUGGAAUAUGGACGGGAAUGUUACUGCGGUAACGAUAUUGCUUACGAGAGUGGGUCGCAGGUCGUGGAGUGUGAUACGACGAGGAUGACGCUUUGCGAGGGGAAUCUGUUGCAGUAUUGUGGUGGGGGAAGUUUGUUGAGUUUGUAUUAUUCGGCGACGCUUUAA